AUGGAUGAUAACUUCUGCCCCAUCUGCCUUGGACCCAUAGAAGAAACAGGCGUCACAAUUGGAUGCAACCAUGACUUCUGUGCACGCUGCAUGAUGCGCUGGAUCCUACAAACCAAGGACUCAUUCGUCACCUGCCCAAUGUGCAGACAACAGGUGGAUGCAGAUGAAAUCGUCUUCUUCAUUCCAUGCCCACCAAUAAAUAAUCCACAUGAAAUAAACCCACAUGAGAAGCCGUCGGACUCUGGAGAGAAGAAGGAAUAA